UAUUUGAUUUGAUUUUUUUCAUAGACUUUCAACAAAGCAAAAGUCUGACUUGCUCACCACAUUCUUCAUGAACGCCCUCAAGACAGCCACCGCACGGUUGGUAGCACGCCCCAGCAUUUUCCGUGCUCCAAUUGUUGCCACCAAACUGAACUUCUCUACAUGUACUCCUGCUCGUAACACUGCCGCAUUGAAUGCAAAGCCCAAGAAUGUUAUGGAGUUUGUCGAUUCUCAGUUGAUUUCACAGGCCAAUGCUGACGGACGUCAGGAAUUGUUUGCUCGCAAGAACCCCCAAGGCGUCAAGCCAGGUUCUAUUCUUUUGGUCGAGACUCUCAACUCUACAGCUGACAAGUCCACAUCGACCUUUAUGGGUGUCUGUAUUGCCAUCCGCCGCAAGGGAAUCGAUUCGUCCUUUACACUUCGCAACAUUGUCAUGCGUGUCGGUGUCGAGCAGCGCUUCUCUCUCUAUUCUCCUCUUGUCAAGAGCAUCAGAAUCCUGCAGAAGCCCACCGACCUCAAGUUCAGACGUGCCAAGUUGUUUUAUCUCCGUGACCAACCCGGAAAGGCCUUCCAGCCCCUUCAGGGUCUCUGGAAACAGGAACAACUUGACAAGGCAGCAGCUGUCGCCAAAAAGUAAAAAAAAAAAAGUAAAAGAAAAAAAAUUGAAAAUUAGAAAGAAAGAAUCCCAAAAAAAAAUGAAAAAUCAAAUUAUUUUGUAAUUCAUUUUUUCUUCGUCUUUUUU